GGGACCCGAGGACCUGCGCGGCCGGCAGCGGCGGCGACCAGCGGCCAGCGCUGCAGCCCCGGGGAGCCCGGCUCCCGGCUGUGAGAUAUUUCAAUCAAGGAAGAAAUAGCUCUUCUCCUAAGAUGGAAUCUGUGAUUUGGGAAUGUGGUUGAUCAACUUGAUAUGUUGGCCAAAUGUGCCCUAUAUAAUAAAAUGAAAAGAAGAGACAAGAUGAUGUCAUUUUCCCAUAUUGUGAAACCAAAAACAAAUGCCUUUUGUGAGACCAAGCUAACAAACCUCUGACAGAGCAAAGAGCGUUUAAAUGUUUGAAGAACUUAACAGUAAGAUACCGAAGAAGUGCUUUCAUACUGAGACCUGAAGGUGUAUAUUAUUCUAAAAUAUGUAUUGAGUAGGCCUGGUCAUCCAAAUCUCAUUCUGAUCCAGGAAGAAUGGCUAUGAGUUGGAUCAUCUUCUAUCUUUGGCUCUUGACCAUGUUUGUGGGGCAUAUAGGUGGGCACAGUUUGUUUUCGUGUGAACCUAUUACCUUGAGGAUGUGUCAAGAUUUGCCUUAUAAUACUACCUUCAUGCCUAAUCUUCUAAAUCAUUACGACCAACAGACAGCAGCUUUAGCAAUGGAGCCAUUCCAUCCCAUGGUGAAUCUGGAUUGCUCCCGGGAUUUCCGGCCAUUUCUUUGUGCACUCUAUGCUCCUAUUUGUAUGGAAUAUGGACGCGUCACACUUCCCUGCCGCAGGCUGUGUCAACGGGCCUACAGCGAGUGCUCAAAGCUCAUGGAGAUGUUUGGUGUUCCUUGGCCUGAAGAUAUGGAAUGCAGUAGGUUUCCAGAUUGUGACGAGCCAUAUCCUCGACUUGUGGAUCUGAAUUUAGUUGGAGAUCCCACUGAAGGAGCCCCAGUAGCAGUGCAGAGGGACUAUGGUUUUUGGUGUCCCCGAGAGUUGAAAAUCGACCCUGAUCUUGGUUAUUCUUUUUUGCACGUGCGGGAUUGUUCACCACCUUGUCCAAAUAUGUACUUCAGGAGAGAAGAACUGUCGUUUGCACGCUACUUCAUAGGAUUGAUUUCAAUCAUUUGCCUCUCUGCCACCUUGUUUACUUUUUUAACAUUUUUGAUUGACGUCACAAGAUUCCGUUAUCCUGAAAGGCCUAUUAUAUUUUAUGCCGUCUGCUAUAUGAUGGUAUCAUUAAUUUUCUUCAUUGGGUUUUUGCUUGAGGAUCGAGUAGCCUGCAAUGCAUCUAUCCCUGCCCAGUAUAAGGCUUCCACAGUGACACAAGGAUCUCAUAAUAAAGCCUGUACCAUGCUUUUCAUGGUACUCUAUUUUUUCACUAUGGCUGGCAGUGUAUGGUGGGUAAUUCUUACCAUCACAUGGUUUUUAGCAGCUGUGCCAAAGUGGGGUAGUGAAGCAAUUGAGAAGAAAGCAUUGCUGUUUCACGCCAGUGCAUGGGGCAUUCCUGGAACACUGACUAUCAUCCUUUUAGCGAUGAAUAAAAUUGAAGGUGACAAUAUUAGUGGCGUGUGUUUUGUUGGCCUCUACGAUGUUGAUGCAUUAAGAUACUUUGUUCUUGCUCCCCUCUGCCUGUAUGUGGUAGUUGGGGUUUCUCUCCUCUUAGCCGGCAUUAUUUCCCUAAACAGGGUGCGGAUUGAGAUUCCCUUAGAAAAGGAGAACCAAGAUAAAUUAGUGAAGUUUAUGAUCCGGAUUGGUGUUUUCAGCAUUCUUUAUCUCGUGCCACUCUUGGUUGUAAUUGGAUGCUACUUUUAUGAGCAAGCUUACCGUGGCAUCUGGGAAACAACUUGGAUACAAGAACGCUGCAGAGAAUAUCACAUUCCAUGUCCAUAUCAGGUUACUCAGAUGAGUCGUCCGGACCUGAUUCUCUUUCUGAUGAAAUACCUGAUGGCUCUGAUCGUUGGCAUCCCCUCUAUUUUUUGGGUUGGAAGCAAAAAGACUUGCUUUGAAUGGGCAAGUUUUUUUCAUGGCCGUAGGAAAAAAGAGAUGGUCAAUGAGAGCCGACAGGUGCUACAGGAACCUGACUUUGCGCAGUCACUCCUGAGGGACCCAAACACACCUAUUAUAAGAAAAUCAAGGGGAACUUCAACUCAAGGAACUUCCACACAUGCUUCCUCAACUCAGCUGGCUAUGGUGGACGAUCAAAGAAGUAAAGCAGGGAGUGUCCACAGCAAAGUGAGCAGCUACCAUGGAAGCCUACACAGGUCACGUGAUGGCAGGUACACGCCCUGCAGUUACCGAGGAAUGGAAGAGAGACUACCUCAUGGCAGCAUGUCACGACUGACCGACCACUCCAGGCACAGCAGCUCCCACCGGCUCAACGAGCAGUCACGACAUGGCAGCACCAGAGAUCUCAGUAACAAUCCCAUGACCCACAUCACCCACGGCACCAGCAUGAAUCGUGUCAUCGAGGAGGAUGGAACUAGUGCUUAAUUUGUCUCGUCCAAGAUGAAACGUGUGCUGUUAAAAGCAGGUUUAUUCUUUGCCUUCGCAUGACUGAUUGCUGUAACUCAUCCUGCUUUCAAUUGAGUGCAGGGAGUCCAUUGAGAAGGUAGAUUAUUGCUUUUUGUAUUGUGUCCAACUUGGAACACCCACAAAGGCAUCUAAAACACUAAGAGUUAUAGCAUUUCAAAAAUAAUUCUUUCUAGGUUGUGAAGAGAUAAUUAUUUGUCUGGUGAGCAUUUUUAUAAGUCCACUUAUUUUCUAUUUAGAAAAAUCCUAUAUGUGUGGUGACUGCUUUGUAGUGACUUUGAUAUAAUAAUAUGAACUAGUUGUGAGAUAGCAUUCUGGUAGCUCUGUUACUAAAACAAAGUUUCAGAAUUAAAGAAAUUUUCUAUGCAAGGCUUAUUUCUCAGAUGAAUAGUAAGACUUUGUAGUUUUAUUUCCACUACAUGAGAAAAAGAACUGUUUUUCAACUGUAGGAGACUUCGAUAAAUCAGCAAGGGUAUUUUAGCUAAUAAGAUACAAAUGCAACUGAAGAGCCUGAUUAGUCUGUGAGAGGAUCUCUCAAAAUUCUAUCCACAUAGUCCUCAGCCAGAGAUAUUCAGGAUUUUGAUUAAGCAAUGAAAGAAAAGCAGAGAUGGCCAUUUUCCCCCUGUAGUUGGUAUUGUUUUUAGUACUUUUGUAAAUAUUACUUUUACUGGCUGUGUUUUUAUACUAUCCAUAUGCAUGAUGGAAAAAUCUUAAUUGGUAGCCAUCUUUUCCCAAGUAACAGUAUUGAUUCAUAGAGAAUUUCUUCUUCAGAUCUGCUCCGUGGAGGCAUGUAAUAAGAUAAGCAUCACACAUUGUAAGGUCUUUUGUGGUAACCACAGUUACAAAAUGGUGAACUAUUUUCUCCGUAUUCAUGUUGUGAGAUGUGGCAUUGCCAAAGCCACCAGACCUUGGUAUGCAGGUGAGCUGACUGUGUGUACUCCCAUUGCCCAGGAGCCAUGUAGCUACAGCUAGCUGCAGUUAGAUACAGCUUUCACCCUAUUCUGAACAUAGUUUCUGGAUCAUUGUGGUUGACAGCUGACUAUAUAUACUUUUAAGUCCAAAGUGGUGAUUAAAUUGGGUAUUUGAGAUCAUUGUAGCUAAAUGGAGCAUGAUUAGUCUUGCUGAGAAUAUGUUUUAAUCUUAAAAAUAUCAAAAAGUCAAAAAUAUUUAACAUUUUAUCUUUACAUUUAAGUAAUUUACAGUAUGAACUGUGAAUUUUAUUAGGCAUGAAAUUGAUCAGGAGAGAAAGAAAUUUUCUGGAAAAUGCUGAUGUGUCACAUAGCAAACACAAGUGAUCCUCAUCGUGAGUGCAGGUAAGAAUCACUUGGGGAAGUUGUGAUACCCAGCAUCCUCCUUCCUAUCAGAUGAGAAAUGCUAUUUAACAAAAGAAAAAUAAGGGAAAAGAAAAGCUUUCCAAGUGAUUCUAAUUUGCAGUCCUGCCUGCAUCCUAUUGUUUUAUCCCUAAUACCAUCUGAUGGCAUCACAUGAUAUCAUGUGAAGCUCUGUUGCAUCAGUGAUAUGCUUUUACAUCUUUACCUAAUAUCCAAUUGUUUUCUACGUUACUGUCUGUUAGAAAAUGCAGGAAUUUUGGCUCCACUCCUAGAGAGUUUUAUUCAAUAAAUUCAAGGUGGUAGGAUUCUAAAAUCUGUAUUUAUGAAAAUAGUACAGGUUAUUCUUAUGCAGAUAAUCCAAAAACCACACUUAGAAGAACAUACUAGAUUCUAGAGAUGCCUGGCUCUGCCAUAUGAUAGUUUUUAACCUUUAAUAAGUAAGUCAGCAUCUCUGAGUCUAGGUUCCCUUGUUUGAAAGUGAAGAUUCAUACCUACUCUACCUACCUCACAAAGUUGUCAGUUAAGAUCAAAUGGAAACAACCAUAUGAAAACCAUAUAGCAUCAUGAAAUAUAAGGGAUUAAGUUUAUUGAGAAUUUAAGAGAUUCAUUUUAGGACUACUGUAGUAUAUUUCUUGACAAUGUUGAAUUCAUGUGUACAUUCCUUGUUCAGCCUUUAAAACUAAAGAUAUGAAGAAACGAGAUGUUGGAAAAUAAGCUUUUACCCAACUUUUGUCAAAGUCCUAACUUAUUUGAAUAUCAUGUUUCUUUCAAAGUGCAUAUAUCUUAGUAUGAAUUAUUCCUUGUCAGAUAUAUCUGAAUAUUUGGCCCAGUGUUUUUUUUUCUUUUUUCUACUAUCCUCAGUCUUGGAACUGGAGUUACCAUUGAAACAGGAGAAGUAUAAAUUCUUCAUAGCUUAUUAGUAAUCCUUCCUCUAUUCACUUAUCUACAAAAAAAAAGAAUUUAUGAGGCUUUCGUCAGAGAAUCUCUCCUGAGAACAGCAUGAGUGAACCAAAACAAACAUCCACAAACAAAAAUAAGAAAUUAAAAUAAAAGGUGCCAGUUUGAGCUAAAAGAUGUUGUCAUCUAGCACCAUCUGCAUUACAUUAUCAACUGCCAAAAUGUUCGGUAGUUUCGCGUACAAGCAGGCCAAGUAUUGACAGCUAAGUGAACGUUGCUAUGAAAAUCUUAACUUUGUGCUUCCAGAUUUUUAUAUAUUUAUUGGUAUCUGUUGUGUUAAACUAAUUGUUGCUGCAUACAUAGGAUGCUAUGUUCCAGUUAGUUUCAGUGUCUUAAUUUUGCCCCACAAAAUUUACAUAAUAUCCUUAGUCCAUUGCUCUAACAGUAUUUAGUUUGGCCUACUAGACUAGUGCUCCAAGUUAAUUUGUUUUUCUUUUUGAAGAAAAUAUUGCAGAGCAUAGCAGAACAGCAGUUUUAAGUUGCAGCUCACUUAAAUGAAUUUGAACAAGUUUGGACAGUUUCAUACCAUAUGUUUAAUUUGUGUCAUGAUUGGCAUAUGCUAACAUUUAGUGUUCUAUUUGCUAAAUUGACAAUUGAGAAAAUAAUAGUUCUAUCUAGUUAUCAAAAGAGUUUUGUAAAGUC